GUGACGUCAUAUUAAUUUGUUUUUCCCGACUUAAUGAAUCACCGUCGCUAAAUUCCUUGUUUUCAUUAGUAAAUCGUCUGCCCAGGGCGAAGUUAAGAUGUUUUCCAGCGGCCCCAACUACAACAAACUGAAGACCAAUCUUCGAUUGGCUCUGAAUCGCCUGAAAUUGCUGGAGAAGAAGAAGGCGGAGCUGACGCAAAAGUCCAGGAAGGAGAUAGCCGACUACUUGGCCACGGGAAAAACGGAGAGGGCUCGGAUUCGUGUGGAGCAUAUAAUAAGGGAGGAUUACCUGGUCGAGGCCAUGGAAAUGGUGGAGAUGUACUGUGACCUGUUGCUUGCCAGAUUUGGCCUCAUCACCCAGAUGAAGGAACUGGACACUGGGAUCGCCGAGCCGGUGGCCAGCUUGGUGUGGGUGUGUCCCCGCCUCCAGAGCGAUAUAGCGGAGCUAAAGAUCAUAUCGGAUAUAUUUGUGACCAAAUACGGUCCGCAAUUCGCCGAGCAAUCGAGAACGGCCACGGGAGAGCACUUUGUGUCGGAGAAACUGAUGCACAAGCUCACGCUGCAGGCGCCGCCCAAGCUUCUGGUGGAGAAGUACCUCAUUGCCAUUGCCAAGAACUACAACAUCGAGUACGAACCGGAUCCACAGGUCAUGCAGGAGGAGCAGCCCCAGCAGCCGCAUCUCAUCGACCUGUCCGAUCGGAACAAUUUGAGUGGCGGCGGUGGUGGCGCUGCUCCACCGCAAAUGGGUUUCAUUGGUUAUCCGGCAAUGCCACAACUGCCCGACAUGCCGAUGCCACCGAGUACCAAGCCCUUUAAUUACCCACCCUUUGGUGGAUCAGGAGGAGGAGGCGGUGGAGGCGGAGCAUGUGCUGCCCCCCAGCCAAUGCAGCCACCUCCGCCAUUUGCCUACAACAUACCGCCCAAUCAGCCGGCACCUCCCGCAGUCUUACCUGCAAAGUGCGCCGAGGAGAAGGAUCUGAACACCAACUUUAUCAAUCGUGAAUCGAACAAUACGGAUGGCUCGGGCAGCCCGGAUGAGAAUAUUUUGCGCCCCAAACCCGAAAAUGAUCCGCCGCCGCGGUACACCUCGAUUAACCCCGUUAAUCUCCAGAACGCCAACAAACCUAAACCACAACCCCGAUCUAAGCUGCCACCGGGUAAUCCCACUCUGCCAAGUGCUCCUCCGGCGUUGGAUUUCCCCUCGCUGCCCAACGUGCCCAACGAUCUGCCGGAUAUUCCGGGCUCAGGGGCCGAAAAGAAGGACGACGAGGAAGAGAUCGACUUCGACGAUCUCUCACGCCGCUUUGAAAACCUCAAGAAACGAAAGUGAAGCUCUCCAGCACAGAAAUUUUCAAUUUUGCAGUAUAUUUGUUAUAAUCUCGGUCCUACUUUCUAUAAAUAAUCACAUAUAUAUGUAAAAAACA